AAUUAAAGAUUUUUAUGAAACGAAAAUUUGUGACUUGCAAUUUUGUGUACUUUAUUAUAAAGCAUUUAUGAGCAGUAUAAAAGUGCUUUUUUAACUUUGAUACACACCUAUAUAUAUUGUAAAUAAUGAGGCAGUGUAGCUUUGUUUAAUCUCUAAGAAUGAAGAUCAUGCAACUUUUCAUAAUUCGGAAAUCCGAAUACAAUAGAUAUACAUGUUUUCAAGUUACAUGAAGUUACUUCCUUUUUCCAGUCUAUAUUUAUUUAUGUCUAUGGUUGAGACAUAAGGGGAGUAAACUACUUUCGAUACAUCUUAAAAAUAGGAGUGAUUUUUCUUAGUGAGGUUAUUUAAGGCCACGUAAAGUUAAUUUAGUUGCCACUUGCUCCUGAGUUACCAUUUGUAAGCCUCCAAGAACUUAAGGCUCCGUGCUGGGAUUAAUCCCUUAUUGCGCGGUCCAGGUAUCUGGUAGUGUUCUGUAAUGUUCGCCUGUUUCCGUACAGGGCAAGACACUGCUUUAACCAGUUCUUUCUGUUUCAAGACUAGCUGUGUUUGUGUUUCUAAGCACCCUGCUAGCGUAGAGGAUGUGUUCAACUGUCUCCUCUUCCGUGUGACAGUGUCCACAUCUGAGAUCCUGAUACUCCCGGAUCCUAGCGAACCCCUUCACCACAGACGUCUGUCCAGUUUCAGCUACCAUCAGACUGAUACUAAGGUCAUGUCCAAACAGUCCAGGAUAGAACAUCAGUUGAGGCGCAGUUCUAGUUAUACCAAAGACGUGUUGACUGGUCUAAACGAAGAACUGUUCAUUCAACUGAAACAGAUGUAUGUCAAUACUUCACCCUUUAAUGGUGACAAUCCUGGAAUGCCUAACUUAAAACAUAACGCCAUGUCUCACGAUAUCUUGCAGAACGAAAUUAUUUCUCUUAAAGAACAAACCAGACAACUCAAAGAAAAGGUCAGUGAACUAGAAUCGGAAAGAACGGAAUACACUAGCAAGUACUGUGCCCUGUAUGACGAAACAAAUGAAUGCAGAAGCCAGGUGAUGAUACCUUCAUGCCCGCCAGCCCAUUCCUGGGGAGGCAGCAGUGCGUCUACAAAGAUUUGCAGGUCUGAUGGGAAUAAGGAUGAAUCUGGCAGAGCCUACUGCAGCAAUCCCCCGGGAUGCCAUUUUGUUGUGGGUAAGCCAACACUGACUCCUCCCAUGAGAGCAAUACUACCUGACAUCAAGCCUAUUGAGAUGACGUUCAAGUGGACCAUCUCCGACUACUUCAGCAAGCUCAGGUCGGAACAUUUAGGGUACAUGCCGAAACAAACAUCCAGUCCAUUCUACCUGGCUCACUGUGGAUACAGGUGUCAAAUGGAGGCCUACCUAAAUGGUGACGGCACCGCACGAGACAAAGGCCUGUCGGUGUUUCUUCGUGUCAUCAAGGGAGACUAUGACAAACUCUUGACCUGGCCGGUUUAUCUCUCUUUGGACAUUGUUUUAAUAAAUCAAUCAGAAACCUGCGGCGCCUCGCUGAAAGCUGGAGAAAAUCAAUUUCAGUUCCGGGAACCUUCCGGAACAUCAGAUUCUGACACUGACAGUUGGGGCCUUGUUGAGUUUAUCCAACACGACGUCAUCAAAACGCGGAACUAUAUCCGGAACGACGAGAUAAUCUUCAAAUGUCGUGUGAGACUCCUUCAGUAGCAGACGACACUGUCACCUUGCAAAGAAUAACAAAAUAACGUAGAUUCAUAGUUUUGACAGAGAAUUUGUAAUUCUGAACGUCUAUGUGAACUAUACUUUCAAAGUAUCCUCAAGCGGCAACGGGUUAAUAAUGGUGAAAAUUGACUUUACCAAUCAUUCCAUUCAUGAUCUUAUGUCAAUUGUGGCAUUCUUCUCACUGAGUGUUAAUAAUAAUAGUGAUGACAACUUUAAUGUAUUUACCUCUGUUGACAAAUAUAAUGUAGGCUUAAAGCGGUAUGAUAACAUAACAAUCGUGAGAGUUAAGAUGACAAACUAAUCUUUAAAAGUCCUGAACAGAGAAGUCUUAGUGUUUAUCACGAAUGUAGUGAAGCAUGUUGUCUGUCUAAAGUGGAUGGGGAGUGAGUUCCAAACCAUUGGUCCAUGCACUGUAAAGCCCGCAGACCGCAACGUUUGAAGGAGAAACGUGGCACAGCUAGAAGCCUUGUGUCCAUGGACAGCAGAGCUCUCUGAGAGACAUAUGGAGUGGUCAGUUCACUAAGAUACAAGGGAACGUAGCAUCACUUGAAGCCUUGUGUCCAUGGACAGCAGAGCUCUCUGAGAGACAUAUGGAGUGGUCAGUUCACUAAGGUACAAGGGAACGUAGCAUCACUUGAAGCCUUGUGUCCAUGGACAGCAGAGCUCUCUGAGAGACAUAUGGAGUGGUCAGUUCACUAAGGUACAAGGGAACGUAGCAUCACUUGAAGCCUUGUGUCCAUGGACAGCAGAGCUCUCUGAGAGACAUAUGGAGUGGUCAGUUCACUAAGGUACAAGGGAACAUAGCAUCACUAGAAGCGUUGAGCCCGUGGAGCACAGUGCUCUCCGAGACACAUAUGUAGUAAUCAGCACACUAAGGUGCAAGGGCAUUUCCUUGUUGUGGAUGCACUAAUGACAAAGUUUGGUCGAGCUGAAGUAUCUGUGUUAUCUGCGUUAUCUUUGUGUUUCAAUGUAUCUCACAGAUUCACCUAUUACAUUAACAUACACGGAAUGCAUACAAUAUCAACUUUGCGUUAAGUUCAAUCUAUUCAAUGACAUAUCCACAUAAAAUGAAUAUAAAUCAAAACCAUGAAAUUAAUCACAGUGACAAAUAAAAGAUGUGUACUGUGCAACUAUAAAUGGCUGACAGUAUGAACCAAUCAACGAACAUUAAUCAGCAAUGAAUAACUAUGACCAAUAAACCUCUGUAAUUUGCCCUAUCUUUUACAGUACAGUACUGUUAAUCUAUUCAGACAUGUGAAGAUUCUGAGCCGUUUGUUUGACUUUCUUUGAUUUUUUUUCAUGUGCUGGCCAGUAAAUUUGUUGCCCCAACUAAUAAGGGACACAACUUGAAGCUUACCUGGACAUCUAGAAUAUAUUUUGUCUUUUUUUCCGGCCAACUUAACCGAGACCAAUCGUUAUAGAGGGCAUAAAAAUCGACCUGCAACUUUGUAACCAGUGGGCAGUUUACACCAAUAGCUCGUUACCACGUCACAGCUCUGUACAACGUGGCAACGAGCUAUUGGUCUAAACUUCCCAUUGGUUGUGACGUUGCAGGUGGGUGUUGAGGCCUUCUGUAACGAGUAGUCUCGACUUCACCAGUUUAAGUACUGAGUGUGCAGCCGAGCGUGACGAAAAUCUUCCUCUAGACUGAAAGAAGUGGGCUAUGCUUGAGUCACGGGUUAUCAUAUCUGAAAAACAACGUGUAACUACAAGAAGAACGUAGAUCUGGAGUUAUCCUUACCCCAACGAGUUAUGCAUUGCCACAUAAAUCUAAAGCUAAAAACUGCAAAUUGUGGAAAGUUUGCACUUGAGAAAACAGUGUGAAAACACAUUACUAUUGACUCGCUUUACGUUAGUACUUGACUACAAAUAGACUGGUUGACUAGUAUAUGAAAAGAUUAUUUGGAUAGUACUCUGUAGUCUUGCCAACUUUCAGCUUUCUAGCACUUUUAAUAAGCUAGAAAUGCGGUCCAACAUAUGAAGACAACACGAUAGAGAGAGAAGUGUCUAAAAUGCAAGGAAAUUUCUUGGAUCUAGAAACAAAACUACAAUUAACUUCAAGCUUUAGUUGCAGAAUAAUUGAUUACAAUGCAGCAUACUGGAUUGGAAGCUUUUAUCAAAGCUCUCCAUCCAAAUGGAGUGUCAGUAAAAAAUGUGUCUUGGAUCGUCAUGUGCUGAAAACGUUAGUACUAGAUUUAUCAGGUGGAAGAUCUUAAGGCUUUUCUGGACUAUGUUGAGAAGUGUUUCAAAAGUAGAAGAGAUAAGCUUAAACGAAUCAAACCUAUUAUUAAGAAAUUUUACUCAAAAUGUGAUACGUAAUAUCUUUGCAUAGUAGUAGUUCUUCUAGUUCCUCUUUCAGACCUUGUGAUCUAUGGGGCUGAUGAUGUAAAGGUCAUCCGUUUCUGUAUCCCACGGUUAACGAGGAUGUCAUGUGGCCAGCACAACGACCAACCGCCUUUUUUUAGAGCUGGGCGUCCUAAAGCUAAGUCUUUCCGAAAGUAAAAGAAUUAUUCUUCACCAGGAUUCGAACCCGGGACAUUUGGUUCGAAAGCCAAGCGCUUUACCACUCAGCCACCUAGCCUCCAAUAUCAUUACUUUGAAUUCUUAAUAUUCUGAUUUAUAAAUUAAAUAAAAUAAAAAAUAAAUUAAGCAAUUAAA